AAAGAGAAGUGAAAAAAGAGAAAUUGGCCCUCUCCAUCCAAAUUCCAAACCAACUAUUAUACGUGAUCCAAAAUAUGUGUACGAUUUGUUGAAUAACAUGAAUUUAUGAUCUGAAUCCUACGCUUACUCAACUCCGGCGACUUAUUCAUCGCCGCUCUCUUCCACUAUAUCCCCCCGUUUCAGAAAACUCAAAAGUCAAAACUGAGCUCUGCGGUUUUACUUUUCUCAGCUGUGCGCCGCCGCCGGCGACUUUUCCUUGGUUUUCCAGGUGUAUUUGUAUAACCAAAGACUUACAAGAAUGGCAUCCAGGCGGAACGUCCAGUAUAGUCGUCUUGCUGCUGCUGAUGAUAGCAAUUAUAAUGGUGGUGGUCAAAAUCGACAUGACCCCAGAUUUGAUUAUGCUCCCAGAAGCUAUGACAGAGUUCCUUGGAAAUCAAUAAUUCUUGCAAUCUUUUUGCUCCUACUUGGGUGCCUGCUUCUCUUGCUUGCAGUUUUCAUCUUCACUGGUCACAUGGGAGGGGAGUUCUCCCAAGCUUAUGGCCUCUUAGGACUGGGUUUACUUACCUUCCUGCCAGGAUUUUAUGAAACUCGGAUUGCCUACUACUCGUGGAGAGGUGCGCAAGGAUACCGCUUUGCCAAUAUUCCUGACUAUUGAGGUUCUGCUUUGUUUCAACGCAGCAUAUUUGUUUUUUACGCAUUUAGCUUCCUCUGUAAGAACUCGUGGCCAUACUAAUGUGUAUAAUAUGUAGAAACAAGUUCGUGUAGUGUGUAAAUUCUGUUUAGCUGCCACACACUGGUCACAAUUGCUUACAAAUGUCCGGACAAGUUUUGUAUCGGAGAGCUUCUUUAGCCUUUUGGUGAAUCCAUGAGCUGCUAACUGAGAAUGGCAUUAGGAUCA